GUUCCAGUUCACAGAGAGGAGGCAAGACUUGUCUUCAGAAUAGCCUUCACCUACGUGCCUUUUUGCUUUCAAGUUCAAUGUUCGAAAGACAGUCGUUGUAGAUUUGCGUGCUGGUGAGAAAAAAAACAAGAGACAUGGAUGCCGGCAACUUAAGAGAGACGUUUUCCUCAGACGAAGAAGCUACCUCACGGGCAUCCCCAAAGGACCAGAAGACAUCAGUGUCAAGCUUACCUUUCAGCGUGGAAACUUUGAUGUCAGAUAGAGGAACACGAAGCGACCUGUCGCAACAUAAAGGGAUGCAGUGUUUAACGAUAAGGGACCAUCCAUUUGCGAUUUUUAGAGACACAGUCGGUACUGAAGACUUCCCCAAGCAUUUUAUCCCGUCUUCGCCCGUGAAGUCUGAAACAUCUGACCAAGACGACAGCCCAUCUUGGGCCACAAGAUCCAGAUUAUCAUCACCUCCUAGACAGCUGAGCUCUGCCACAUGCCCGCUGCGAAAGCACAAAACAAACCGCAAGCCACGCACCCCCUUCACCACCUCGCAGCUGCUGGCCCUGGAGAGGAAGUUCCGGCAGAAGCAGUACCUGUCCAUCGCUGAGCGGGCCGAGUUCUCCAGCUCGCUCAGCCUGACCGAGACCCAGGUGAAGAUCUGGUUCCAGAACCGGCGGGCCAAAGCCAAGAGAUUGCAGGAGGCCGAGCUGGAGAAGCUCAAAAUGGCCUCCAAGCCCGUGCUGCACCCAAGCCUGACUCUGCCGUUCCCUCUCGCGUCUCAGUUCCAGGCCUCCGGCUCCCUCUACGGACAGACGUACCCGUUCCGUCGACACAUGCUUCCCUUGCCCCCCAUGGGACUCUAUGGAAGCCCAAUGGGAUACAGUAUCUACCAUCUGUCCUGAGUCCCCCAACACCUCAAGAGAUAUUUUCAUGACGAGUCGACAGAGACUUAAUCACUCCCUUCCUCUAAAGGCUGUUUGCAGAUAGACUGCAUAUAUGCAACAACAAUGCACCUUACAGUGGCAGCCUACACAACUAACACCAGCGCUUUGUGGCAGGAUUGUGAUAGUUAAUCCUGCUUAUAGUGUAUAUUUUUGUAGACUGGUUAUGUUCUGACACAUUUUUGACAAUGAGGAAAAAAAAGGAAAAAUAGUCGUCAUAAUUUGACAUCACUGAACAA